AAGAGAUCCAGAAAUAUGGGGGAAAGUGGCAGUUUGGGCAUAACACACAAAGGAGGAGUCAACGUGGCCCAUACAGCAUCUUUUGGUUACCUGUCCAACGGGAUUCCAUGUUGCCUGCCCGCCCGCCUGCCCGUAACUCGGCGGGAUACCAGUUUUUAAGUCAUUCGUGGUGUAGAUGCCAGGGUAAUUUAAUUUCGUGGUUAAAUCUUUUCUGUCUUUGACUCUUUUCCCUCUUCAAUUUAGGAUGCAAAUUGGAAAUUUCCAGGCUUUGGGUGGAGUUCCUGCACAAGCAGGCAAGAAUAAUCUAUUUUAAGACGGCGUUUGGUUGCCCCAGAGUCCAGUAGAGGCAGAAGUUUGCAGCUUAGAAACUAGAAGGUGGAAGGAGAAGAUGCCGGAAAUGCCAAUGGUGAAUCUGAAUUUAGGGCACAGUCAGGUGAUUGAAGAAUUCGAGGCUAUAACGAGGGAUGCGGAGCGAGUUCAGCGCGAGACUUUGAAGGAGAUACUCGAGCGGAACAGUUCAACGGAGUAUUUAAGCAAGUGGGGAGUCAAUGGAAGUACAGAUCCCCAGCAGUUCAAGGCCCAAGUUCCUCUAUCCACUUUUGCUGACAUCAAGCCUUACAUUGUCCGACUAACCGAGGGAGAGCAGUCGCCCCUUCUCACCACUCAGCCCAUCUCUGUGUUCUCCUUGAGCUCUGGGACUACCGAUGGACUGGCCAAGUUCCUCCCUUUUAAUGAUGAUCUGCUCGAAACAACAGUGCAAAUCUUUCGUAUUUCCGCAGCCUAUCGAGCUCGACUAUUCCCACUCAGACCUGGGGCAAGAGCCCUUGAAUUUGUCUAUGGUAGUAAACAAAUUCAGACGAAAGGGGGCUUUAAAUCUUGCACUGCGACUUCACAUGUAUUUCGUAGUGAACUUUAUAAGAAGUGGAAGGAGAGCAUCCAGGUUUUUCCAUGCAGUCCAGAUGAGGUUGUAUUUGGGAAUGAUUCUCAACAAUCCUUGUAUUGCCAUCUCCUAUGUGGAUUGCUUUAUUCAAAUGAAGUACAAUAUGUGCAGUCAACUUUUGCAUACUCUAUUGUAGAUGCUCUCCGGACUCUUGAGCAUGUCUGGCAAGAACUUUGUUCUGAUAUCAAGGAAGGGAAACUUAGUGAACGAAUCACAGUACCUUCUAUGCGGGCAGCCGUAUCCAAAUUGCUUAAACCAAAUCCAGAUUUAGCAGAUGAAAUCUAUGAAAAAUGUAAGCACAAUCAGAAUUGGCAGGGAAUCAUCCCACAGCUUUGGCCUGGUGCCAAAUAUAUUUAUGCUAUCAUGACAGGUUCCAUGGAGCUGUACCUAAGGAAAUUGAGACAUUACGCAGGCAAUCUACCAUUGCUGAGUGCAGAUUAUGGUGCCACUGAAGGCUGGAUUGCUGCCAAUAUAGAUCCCACAACCUCACCAGAGAAUACAACUUUCACAGCGGUACCCAACUUUGCAUAUUUUGAAUUCAUUCCACUCCAUGUGCAUCUUGAAGAAUGGAAACUGGAUCAGAGUGUAGCUACUGCCCACUAUACUGAAUCCGAGCCUGUGGGUCUGACAGAAGUGAAAGAUGGGCAGGAUUAUGAGGUGGUUGUCACAACAUUCGGUGGACUUUACAGGUACAGACUUGGUGAUAUUGUCAGAAUAACAGGAUUUUACAAUUCUACGCCACAGUUGUCCUAUUUAUGCCGAAAGAACCUUCUUCUUACAUUAAAUAUUGACAAGACCACUGAAAAAGAUUUGCAAAUAGCUGUUGAGAAGGCUAUCAGACUCAUCAAGGAAGAAAACGUGGAGCUGGUAGACUUCACAAGCUAUGCAGAUAUGUCAACUGAACCAGGCCACUAUGUAAUCUUUUGGGAGCUCAAUGAAAAAAUAAAUGAAAGUGUUCUAAAUAGAUGUUGCUCAAUAAUGGACGAGUCUUUAAUUGAUCCAGGCUAUGUUGGUUCUAGAAAAGCUAAUACUAUUGGACCCCUUGAACUUCGAAUUGUGGAAAAGGGUGCAUUCCGAAAAAUUUUAGAUCACUACUUGAGCCUUGGAGCAGCAGCGAGUCAGUUCAAAACUCCCCGCUGUGUCAAUUCUAACCAGGCUUUGUUUGACAUACUCAAUAGUUGUGUAAUCCAAACACAUUUCAGCACAUUCCUCUCUUAAUAUGAAACAGGAUGCAAAAGAACUUCCAAAGUGGCCUUUUCAUAUUCGCAAAUCAUGUAUUAUACAGAAGUCGAGAGUUGAUACCCUGAUCAUAACUUUUAGUACUGCUGGUCAAGGCUUAGCAGCAAAGCAUGCCCUUGUAAUUUGAGUUUGAAAGCUCUUUGUUAAUUUUUAUUAUUGUGUACACUCUGCAUCGUAUAAUCUGAAAAGUGUUUUGGGCUGUGUUGGCUCCA